AUGGGCAUCGACGAUCGCAACGCCAUCAGCAGCAAGCAGUGUACAACGUGCGCAGUGACCAAGAGCACUCGUCACAGCGUCAGCAAGCACGCGGAGCGCACACAGGUGCCCGGCGAGCGCAUCCACGCCGACAUCGUCGACUGGACCGCGGACUCACCCACGGGCAAGCGCUACAGCCUCGUCAUCGUCGAUGAGGGAAGCAAGCUCCUGCAUGCAGUCCAUCUCAACGCCAAGAAGGACGCAGUUGCCGCGUUCCAGUCUUUCCUGCGCGAGACCAAGCUCCCCAUCUCGCCCACAACAACAGCACUCCAGACGGAUUCCGAUGCCAUCUUCCUCGGAGCUGACUUCCAGGCCAUCGUCAAGAAGCACCUGAAGCAGCACCAGCAGUCCCCGCCGUACACCCAGGCGCAGAACGGCAUCGUCGAGCGACAGGUGCGCACCCUCUCCGACAUGGUGCGAGCCAUGAUCACGGGUGCAGGCCUCGACGCAUCGUACUGGAGUCUCGCCUGCAACCACGCCCUGCACAUCCUCAACAACAUGCCUCGCCCUUCCCUCCACGGCAAGACACCGCUGCAGAUUGUCACGGGCUCGCUGCCCAAGCACGUGCCGCAGCUGCACAUCUUCGGGCAGCCGGCCGUCGUCCACAUCAGCAUGUUGAGAGUCAUGUUGUGA